AUGCCCCCUCUUCUUCCUCUCGCUGCCUACUACCUCUUUUCUUCCCAUGCAUUGGUGGCCGCGGCUGGGUGCUGGGGAAACUCGAAUUGUGCUUAUAAUCCAGCUGGUCUGUCUUUCAGUGGCAUCUGCAAAAAAUACAAUUACUCCCCGACGUCCUGUACCGCAUCGCCCAUAACUCCUUAUUCCAGCGGCUUCAAUAAGAUUUCAUUCUUUCCUUCCACCAACCCUGUAACUCUCACUGCGAAUGGAACCACCCUCAUCUGCGACUUCGGAAAGGGGGGGGCGUUGGGGUUAGCAGUUUCUAAAGCACGAAACUGGACGGGACAAUGCUCGGAUGAUUCGAAUUUGUUUGAUACCAUCGACGAUGCCAUCUCCGCCGAGAUUACUGCCACAUAUACUGUUGUCAUCUCCAACAUUACUCUUGACAUCUCUUAUGCGCCAACCUGGUCGGACCGCCGCAACCACGGCGGCUACUUCUAUUCUAGUGACGAAAUGCUCCAUGAAAUUUGGUACGCGAACACUUAUACUCUGCAGACAAACACCAUUGCUGCGACAACAGGCAGGGAAUUUCCAGUGCAGACGGCGGAAUGGAAGAACGAUGCUGAUUUGCAUCCGGGCGUAGUGGUCCAACCAUCUAUGUGGAUAGUUAGAGGAGAGAUAGGAUAG